AUGGCUAUAGAAUUGAUAGACGCAUUUAAAAAAAUGUUUGGAUAUGAUCCAAGCACAGUCUGGGUUGGCUAUGAAAACGGCACUCUUAUUCUCUUUAAAGAAAACACUGAUAAGCAAACAGCUAUAGAAAAAGCACAAGAACUAGUAGCAAUAGAGGUGACAGCAGGAACAGAUACUGCAGAUUUUAAUGUAUAUCGGAUGGACAAAGCUUAUCCUGAUGAUAACGUUUACUUGGUUGCAUACUCUAAUCCCUCCAGCAUGGUCACGAUUUUAGAAAUGCCUGAAGAUUCUGAAGAUAUCAUAGUCGGGCUAUCUGGUCGUGCAAAAAGAAUUCAGGAUAGCCAGUCAAAAAACAUUAUUUGUACCUCUUUUGAUUAA